AUGAUUUCAAUAACUUUAACCUCGAACGUCUUUUGCGUUCUUCUUUUAAUACAGAGCAUAUCAGCCCAAUGUAUUGGCAGCCGUGGGCCAGCACCACUAGCAUACGCUCCAGAACUUUCUGCUGCAGGAGGGAGUUUUGCUGUCAGAAGUACAUCACCAAUAUCUCCCACAGGCGUUACUGUCCUCUCAGAUCAACUCGCAAUUGAAGGGCCCCUCAUCAUUGAUGGGAAACUUCCUUUCUUGGGGACUGUAGCCUUGGAAGGAUCUUUACCAUCAGCUGGAGCUGGAAAUAUAGCUCAUUCUUGUGGAGGUGCUGUUGGUAUAAGUUCUGAAGUUAUCCCACCGUCAGGAGCUUUUGCUGGAUCUCCAAUUGGCUCGGCUGCAUUAGGUUCUGGAAUGGUUGGACCAUCGCCCUUGGGCCGAGGAUUAGGUUUAGGUGGGCGUAAAUAUUAA